UCGAAAUAGCAAAAGGAUAACAGCUUGGGAACGUGCGUAAAAAUGCGCAAUGGUUUGGAUGUGGCACCUACGCAAGCCUGGACAACAUUUUCCUAUACUUAAGUUGUUAAAUUAGCAGAUUUAAACCACAACAGAAGCACAUUUCAGUGGUGACCAAAGAGACAUUUACCAAUGCUGAACAGCGGUACAGUAGUUGGUCGGAGCACUUUUCCCACUCUCGUCUCCCUCUGAUGUAGAAGCAGUUGUGCAGUUUUUCUGAUAUGCCUCCCAGCUGCGAAGAUGACACAUGCUCUUCUCACGGAGAAGACUCUGACGGAUCGUCCCUGCUGCGCUUUCCUCUCUGAUCAAGUUGGACUUAUUUUUUCUAACAGAGCACAAAAUGAUUCACAACCACCUGUUCCUGAAAGGGACGAUCGUCGUCUGGACGCUACUUCUGGGUCAGACAGUUCUUGGUCAUGUCAAGACCCAUUCACAUGCUGAAGAUGAACUCUUCAAGACGCUGUUCUCUGGUUACAACAAGUGGUCACGACCUGUCCCAAACAUCUCUGAUGUGGUUAUAGUCAAGUUUGGACUGUCCAUAGCCCAGCUCAUUGAUGUGGAUGAGAAAAACCAAAUGAUGACAACUAAUGUGUGGUUAAAGCAGGAGUGGAAUGACUACAAACUUCGCUGGAGACCGUCUGACUAUGACAACGUAACGUCCAUUAGAGUCCCAUCGGAGCUUAUAUGGGUCCCAGAUAUAGUUCUCUAUAACAAUGCUGAUGGCGAGUUUGCUGUGACCCACAUGACCAAAGCUCACCUGUUCCACACUGGUAAAGUGCGUUGGGUCCCGCCUGCCAUCUACAAAAGCUCCUGCAGCAUCGACGUCACUUUCUUCCCCUUCGAUCAGCAGAACUGUAAAAUGAAAUUUGGCUCCUGGACCUAUGACAAAGCCAAGAUCGACCUGGAGCGAAUAGAAAACACUGUGGAUCUCAACAACUACUGGGAGAGCGGGGAAUGGGCCAUCAUCAACGCUGUGGGAACAUACAACACAAAGAAAUACGACUGUUGCCAUGAGAUUUACCCAGACAUCACAUACUUUUUCAUCAUCCGAAGGCUUCCUUUAUUUUACACAAUCAACCUCAUCAUUCCCUGCUUGUUGAUCUCAUGCCUCACCGUCUUAGUUUUCUACCUGCCCUCAGACUGCGGUGAGAAGAUCACUCUUUGUAUCUCAGUCCUUUUGUCCCUCACUGUGUUCCUCCUGCUCAUAACGGAGAUCAUACCCUCCACGUCUCUCGUCAUUCCUCUCAUCGGCGAGUACCUCCUCUUCACUAUGAUCUUCGUCACCCUGUCCAUUGUCAUCACAGUAUUUGUGCUAAAUGUGCACCAUCGCUCACCCAGCACUCACAAGAUGCCCCGCUGGGUCCACUCCGUGUUCCUGGACCUGAUCCCACGUUGGCUGUUCAUGCGCAGGCCGGCGCCUGACGGCCGGCGCCGCAGGCUGCUGCUACUCCAGCAGCAAAUAGCAGCAGAGAAGCGGCAAAUGCAAAUAGACUCAAGCCACUGCAUCAGUACCUCCUAUACCUGGAUGAGAGAUGGGAGCACUCUGGAAAACCCAGAGAGAAGCUGCUAUGAGGAUUUGGAGCUUGGAACGCUGACGUCAUAUUUCUCCUUCCGGCCCCCAUCUCCGAAACCUCCAGGGUUGACUCCUCCACCACAACAGAAAAAAACCCAGAGCAGCCAAAACUUGCAAGAUGGGGCUUCAGGAUUAAACAGACAGCCCUCUGGAGCUAGGUUUAACUCCCCACCGCCUAAAGAGGACAGUUCAGCGCUAGAGUCACCUUUCAUACUUUCGCCAAGUGUAUUACGGGCAUUACAAGGGGUUCACUACAUUGCCGACCAUCUGAGAGCUGAAGAUGCUGAUUUCAGUGUGAAGGAGGAUUGGAAGUAUGUUGCCAUGGUCAUUGAUCGGAUCUUCCUGUGGAUGUUCAUUAUUGUGUGCCUGCUUGGCACAAUAGGCCUCUUCCUACCCCCGUGGUUGGCUGGCAUGAUUUAGGUUUUAUGAGGAAAGGUAAAAAAAAUAUAUAUAUAAAAAAUCUGUAGUUGGACUCUCAUUUAUUGUUGAUGUUAUUUUGUUUUAAUAGUGCAACUUCUGUGGGCUCAGAAGUCACCUAUUAAAAAAACAAUGACAUUGACUUUAUAUUUAUUUUAACGGACUUCAGUAAUACUGCAUCAGGGUCGACAGCAGAAUGCUAACAUUUACAAGUAUGUUCAGAAAUAAAUAUGAAUGCCUACAUUAAAUUAGUGGUGAGAUUUAUUAAUUUGCUAUUGAGGUGAAAUUCUACAACAAAAGUAAGCCUGAACACUUUUGUAUGUGAGCCACAAAUUUCCGUGACGGACCAGAAUCCAUGACUCAAUUUCUAUUGGAACCUCAGUUACUCAAAUUAUCAAUGUGUCACCAUUGCAAUUAUAAGGUAUUGGACUCUGUUUUCAUUUUAACCAUUUAGUUCCUGUCAUGUUGUCAUUUCCCUAAUUCUUCUCUGGUUGACAUCCUUCCCCUCAGUUUACUUUUUUGUUUGUUUUCUCUUAGCCAUCAUUUCUUUCAGCUCCUCUGUGAGCAACAGGUACACAAGCAUGAUUGACAUUGAUAAGACAUUCUUCCUUGAUUUGACCAGUUGUUUCUGAAGUGGGAGUGGUGUAUUUCAGCAGAAGUAAGAGGAGCUCGUUUUUUCCCCCUGCAGAUUAUACUUUCUUUUUUUAUUUUACUCUUUUGUUCUGUGUCCUCAUAAAUAAAAAAAAGCACUGGCCACACCCAAAAU